GCCUCAUGGCCCGAAAACAAAUAUGGUAGAAUAUGCCUGAAUGGUCUUUGCAUCUCGUAAGACCCGGUCAAGCCUCGCUUUGCCAUGCUCUCUCUCAACAUGCGAUUACUGCAACAUUUCCCCUUCAAGCCAUCGGAUCUAAGUUUGUUGCUGCAAGUGCCUGUUGCACCCCGACCCUCCGUAGCAACGAAAUCGAAGACUGUUCUCACCCACUCACGCCGCGUCCUGAGUCGGCUCUUGGAAUACAUACCCCAACUCGUCCGGAGGGAGCGGCGGGGCCGAUGCAGAAGGGAUUUGUAUGAUGCUUCUCAUCCUACUGCACUGCAACGGAUGGAGGAUAUAUAAAAUGGCAGCGGAACGGAGGCAACGAGCUGGGGCCAUCACCCCUUGAUGGCUCCUUAGAGCUGUAGCCCUACCCUUCAAGGUACAAUGAAGCAACCAUCACAUAUGCCGCAAGCUGAAACAGUGACAGCCCUUCGGUCGGCCACAGAGGUACCAACAGAUCCAGCCAUGACUACGAAGCUGGAAGUACCCAUAUCUGCCCGGAGCAAGCGCGACAUGCACCUAUCGCAGUACGUGAUUGUUCCCCUGUCGGCAUUGAUGGUAGCCUUUGCGCUCCUCCCGUGCCUGCUGUACCUUUCGCCGCCGGUUGCUAUCGAGGUUAUAAAAGAGCAAACCGCGCUAAAACCAGCGCUUGAUGAACUGCGCGAGGAGAAUGGAGAACCAUUCAUACUCUCUCGCAUCCGCGCGCCUGUCCACUACAUGAUCUUGCACGCGAUGCCAGCCAUCAUCUGGUCGCUUGCCAUACCGCUGCAGCACUCGGAUGCUGUGCGCAAGCGAUACCCCGUCCUCCAUCGCAACAGCGGCUACACAGCUCUAUUCCUUUCCGCGCUGCUCACUAUCAGCGGUAUAGCCUUCGAAUGGCGUCGGCCAAAGCUGGUAUACACGCACGCCGACCCGUGGCAUCUGCACUCUCUGCCGCUCUCCUUUAUGUUGCCAUUUGCAAGGACACUCAACCUCACGCUCUGCUGGCCAACAUUCGAGGUGGCGUUGUACGUCGUCUCCGUGCCGUUCAUCUACACGCUCACGCGAGCAUUCCAGACGGCUGCGCUCGAGCGUGACUACGUGCAGCACAGACGCUGGGCCGUCGCGCAUUCAAUCGCGGCUUACCUCAUCCAUAUUCAGCGUGUUGCUAUGCUCGUCAUUGAAGCCGGAGCAAUGUUCGUUCAGGCGCAGCCGCGCCUGGCGCGAAUCGUGCUCGGUCUGCCAAGCAUACCAGUACCGUCGCCCGCUGAUGAUCCUUCAGGUCAGAUGCAGACACGAAUCAACCACCAGAUCGAGGUCGCGGGCUUUGCGGCUUCCAUUUGGAUCGCGAGUGUCGUCACCAUGGCGUGGGGCAUUUGGACGUGGACGAAAGCUGGCAAGCCGGAAAUGCGGCUGUGGAUGCGGCAGUGCAGAGGCGCUGUCAUCGGAAACAAGCAAGAGUGAAUGGAAAGGAGCGGCUUACAAAGAACUGUAUCAGAGUAGUUUUGUAUGGCAAUUAUCCUGUAACCUCAGCCUUGAUAAAUGAUCUGAUGAAGUCGAA